AUGUCUUCAAAUCUUUCUCUCCUUCUACUGAUAACAUUUUGCUUCGUGGUACCAUCAAUCCGUGGCAUCUGUGGACAAGAAGAACUAGCUUCUAAGAGGUACAAAUUUCUCUACUUUUUGUCCACUGUGGGAGGCAGCCACUACUUAGCCCUGUCCAUGUCCGGUAAGGAGUUAGUUAAGCAAGGCCACAAAGUGGUCUCGCUGGUCAGCAGUUCCAACACUCAACAGUUGCAGACGGCCGACACUGACCUCUUCUCUGUCGUGGUUUUCAAUUCAUCUUACACACAAGAAAAACGAGCUGCCGUCAUGGAGAGCCUUGGCAAAACGUUUGUCUCGGGAGCCAUGCGAGGUUUCUGGGGUAAGCUGGUGUACGGCAUCAAGAGCAAAUUUCGCGGUGAGCAAAGUGCCGGGAGUAUGUGGCUACGCGAGUGCGACGACUUGUUGGGAGACAGUGCAACCAUGAGGCGGCUUCGAAAGGAGCAAUUUGACAUGAUGGUUGCCGAGGGCUACCAAUUCUGCUCUCUGCUCUUAGCACAAGCCUUGAACAUCCCCUUCGUCUACAAAAGCAUGCUUCAUGUAGUUCCUUCGGAUCAUGGGAUGUGGUAA